UUGUAUACGUGGUAUAGCUUUUAAAGACUAGCAGCACCGGUUUAGCUUGUAAUUUCUCUUCAAAAAUCAAAGUUUAAAUCUGAAAAUAAUCAAGACCGUGUGAAAGAAUGUUAGUCGACAAGAAGAAAAUGAUCGAAGCCCACACCCGUGACUUGGUGUUGACCAAUGACCAGCUAGAAAAAGUCUCCUCUCUCCUUCUUCACGAAUUUAACUGUGGUUUGGCAAAAGAAACCCAUCCAUUGUCGACUGUAAAAAUGUUUCCUACUUACGUCCGAGACGUGCCCAAUGGUUCUGAACAAGGCAAGUUUCUUGCUCUGGAUCUCGGCGGAACUAACUUCAGAGUGUUGUUAAUCGACCUGGAUGGAGAUAAAUUUCAAAUGGAAAAUAUUAUUUAUCCUAUCCCACAGAGGAUUAUGCUGGGCACUGGCGAAGAACUGUUUAAUCACAUUGCCGACUGCCUGGCUAACUUCAUGGAGAAGAAUGGAAUGACCGAUAAGAAGCUUCCCCUUGGAUUCACAUUUAGUUUUCCUUGUAAACAAGAAGGCUUGACAAAGGCUCGAUUGGUUACCUGGACCAAAGGAUUUAAGUGUGCUGGUGUGGAAGGCAAAGAUGUCGUCCAGCUCUUACGGGAAGCAGUUUUACGAAAGAAAAUUAACAUCGACGUAGUAGCCGUAGUGAAUGAUACAACAGGCACCCUUAUGUCGUGUGCUCAUAAAAAUAGUGAAUGCCGAAUUGGCGUUAUUGUUGGUACAGGCACUAAUGCUUGUUACAUGGAGAAGUUAGAAAAUGUUGAAUUGUGGGAUGAUGAUCAGGAAGACCCAAAACAGGUUAUCAUCAACACCGAAUGGGGUGCCUUUGGUGACAAUAGAUGUCUUGAUUUCUUGCGCACGCGUUAUGACAGAGAAAUUGAUGAAAACUCGUUAAAUGCCGGGAAACAACUAUUUGAGAAGAUGAUAUCCGGUAUGUACAUGGGAGAGUUGGUUCGCCGGGUGUUAGUUCAUUUGGUAGAAGAAGGUCUGUUAUUCGGUGGCAAAUGUUCUGAAAAGCUCAAAGGACCUUAUGCAUUCAAAACCAAAUACGUGUCCAUGAUUGAAAGGUAAGGUAAUAUUAUGUUACUAGCACUUUCAGUU